AUGCCAAACACAUCAGAACCCCCGGCUCCGCCCCUUCCCGGGUCUGGACAGAGGACUUCAAACGCGGGACAGGACCCACUGCUCAGCCCUUUGUCCCGAGACCUUUCCAGAGCGAGGCGAGCUUCGAGCGCAGAGCUGCUCCUGCCGUGGAGCUGUCCCGUCACACACUCCAGGGAGAAGUUUUACACAGUCUGCUCGGAUUACGCCUUUCUGAACCAGGCUGCUGCUAUCUACCCCAACAUCGGCAGUAGGACCGGAGCAUCGCUGAACCCGGUGGAUGAGCCCAACCUCAAGUCCAAACCAUCACAGAGCAGAGCAGGGGAAUCGGACGAGGACUGCAAUAUGGAGGAAACAGCCACCAACACAAAACCCAUUCUGGCCUGGGAAAUCGACACCUCCGACUUCAGAGCUGUGCCCACCAGAAAACUCAGAACAAGUAAUGUGAAAAAGUCAAGCACAAAAAAGAUGAAGUCAUCCGUUCGACCAAUCAGGAACUUGCAGGAAAUCUCUCCUCAUGCCUCAUUGGACGAGGUCAAACAGAGGAAAGUGCUGGACCUCAGGAGAUGGUACUGCAUCAGUCGGCCUCAGUACAAGACCUCGUGUGGGAUCUCGUCUUUGGUGUCCUGCUGGAACUUCCUCUACAGCACUUUGGGAGCCGGCAGUCUGCCACCAAUAUCUCAAGAAGAAGCCCUGCAUAUUUUGGGAUUUCAACCUCCUUUCGAAGAGAUCAAGUUUGGGCCUUUCACCGGGAACGCUACUUUAAUGCGCUGGUUCAGACAAAUCAAUGACUACUUCAGAUUGAGAGGCUGCUCCUACAUUUUGUACAAACCUCACGGGAAACACAAGACGGCAGGGGAGACCGCUGAAGGAGCGCUGCUGAAGCUGACCCAGGGUCUGAAGGACGAGUCCAUGGCCUUCAUCUACCACUGCCAGAACCACUACUUCUGCCCUGUGGGGUUCGAGGCCACGCCCCUGAAGGCUGCCAAGGCCUACCGGGGCUCAUUACCAACAGCAGAGAUGGAGCACUGGAUUCUGAUUGGAGAACCCAGCAGAAAACACCCAGCCAUUCAUUGUAAACGGUGGCUGGAUAUCGUCACGGACCUGAGCACACAAAACCCUGAUUUCUUGGACAUUCGUCACUUAGAACGGGGGAUCCAGCAUCGCAAAACCAAAAAGGUGGGGGGAAACCUUCACUGCAUCAUCGCCUUCCAGAAGGUGAACUGGCAGAAGCUCAGCCCCUGGGCUCUGAACCUGGAGACCCUACGGCACGACUUCCACCAACAGGGCGCGGAGGGGGCGGCGGGCGGCAGCAGCGACGAUGAGCGAGCCAACAAACGUCUGUCUCACCUGGGACGGUCCAACAGCACGGGCUCGCACCAGGACCAGGGCUGGAGGCGCCCUCAGCACGCGGACUUCAGACAGAGGUCCCCUGACAGCGACUUGGAGGAGGACAGGAUGGACUGA